GCAGCUCUGGGCAACAGCCUGCACAGUGUAGCUGAACCUGGACAGCCCCUGUGUAUAUACGACACAGGACAGGUUCCGAGUUUAGCACCGGACUUGCUGCACAGCCCACACUCUGAAGCGGAAAUCCAGCUUCAGUCCUGGAAUUCUACUCUGUGGUCUAAGCGCUGCUCCUACAUGACCACCACGACCACCACCACCAUCACAAAGCCUCUCUUUGCGGGGCCAAAGAACGAAGGGGAGAGAUUAGAAAAGGUUCUCCAACAAUGGGGAGAAGACAUCCGCCCUGAAAUGAAAGAAGAUAUAUACGACCCCAGCUACCAGGAUGAGGAGGGCCCCCCGCCCAAGCUGGAGUACGUCUGGAGGAACAUCAUCCUCAUGGUGCUGCUGCACUUGGGGGCCCUGUAUGGGAUCACACUGGUUCCGUCCUGCAAGGUCUACACCUGGCUCUUCGCGUGUGUGUCAUAUGUAUUUACUGGCAUGGGCAUCACGGCCGGGGCCCACCGCCUGUGGAGCCACCGAACCUACAAAGCUCGGCUGCCGCUGCGGCUCUUCCUCAUCAUCGCCAACACCAUGGCUUUCCAGAAUGACGUGUAUGAAUGGGCCCGAGACCACCGCGCCCACCACAAGUUCACAGAAACGCACGCUGACCCUCACGAUUCCCGCCGUGGCUUUUUCUUCUCUCACGUGGGCUGGCUGCUUGUGCGCAAACACCCGGCUGUCAAAGAGAAGGGCAGAAAACUGGACAUGUCUGACCUAAAAGCCGAGAAGCUGGUCAUGUUCCAGAGGCGGUACUACAAGCCCGGCAUCUUGCUGAUGUGUUUCAUCCUGCCCACACUGGUGCCCUGGUACUGCUGGGGUGAAACUUUCCCACACAGCUUGUGUGUUGCCACGUUACUGAGGUAUGCCUUGGCGCUCAAUGCCACCUGGAUGGUGAACAGUGCCGCCCAUCUCUAUGGGUAUCGCCCCUACGACAAGAACAUUAGAGCCCGAGAGAAUAUGCUAACUUCAAUGGGAGCUCUGGGCGAGGGCUUCCACAACUACCACCACGCCUUCCCCUAUGACUACUCUGCCAGUGAGUACCGCUGGCACAUCAACUUCACCACAUUCUUCAUCGACUGCAUGGCUGCCCUGGGCCUGGCGUAUGACCGGAAGAGAGUGUCUAAGGCCGCUGUCUUGGCCAGGAUUAAGAGAACUGGAGAUGGGAGCCAUAAGAGUGGCUGAGUUCCUGUUACAAAUGUCACCUGGGCAGAAGUUCAGUGCUCUGCUGAUAACUAUAAAGCAAUGCUACAAGGAUGCUAAAGAUGACUUAGCACACGGGCAGUGGGGGGAGGGGGUAUGACGGUGAUCUCAGCACUCAGGAGGCAGAGGCAGGUGGAUGUCUGUGAGUUCAAGGUCUGCUUGGUUUACAGAGUGAGUUGCAAGACAACCGGAGCGACACAGAGAAGCCCUGUCUCAGCUGUCCCGGAAUCCACACUUGAACUCAGAGAGCACCUGCCUCUGCCUCCCGAGUGCUGAGACCCAAGGUGUGCGCCACCACCGCCCUGCUGUGUACAGCACUCACAUGCUCAAGUAUGGGAAGGUAAUGCCUCUUCUCUAUGAUGCUGAGCUGGUACACUUACCUUUCACCCACCCUUGGUCUGUAUCUCCGUCGUCUCUAACAGUGUCACUCGUAAGUCCUCUCUUGUUCAUCAUCCUUUGGAUAGUCCAGGGGUAAAGUCUUUGCCUCAGAAAACCCUUACUGAAGUGCCCUGUACUUUACAGUAGGCAGAUUAAUCUAGAGAUGCAACAAAUUCUGGAUAGGAUGUCUUAACUGUCAUGAACUUAUGGUCUGCUAAAUGGGAGAGCAUAAGAACUUUGACAGGGCUUGCAAAGCAGGCAGAUUAUAAUGGGAAAGAGUUACUAUGCGAGGUAUGAUUCUUAAGCAGGCAUGGAGUUACAUGAAAUGAGUUACAAGGAAAUCUUUCUGUGACCAAACUCAGCUGCUUCUCAAGCACACACAUGUGCACACGCGCACGCGUGUGCGCGCACACACAACACACACACAGAGAGAGAGAGAGAGAGAGAGAGAGAGAGAGAGAGAGAGAGAGAGAGAGAGAGAGAGAGAGAGAGAGAGAGAGAAUCCUGGUCCUGAGCCCCAGAACUUUGCAGUGUCGGACCACAGCUGUAAAUCUGACAUCUAAAUAAUCUUUAGAGUAAGGAUCCGUAACAACCGUUUAUGUAGCAGGUCCCAGCUGGGAAAGGGUUUGCUUUUCUGUUGUAACAGGAUCUCUUGUUUCAUAGAUCAAGAGGUAUUCAGGUAGGGUGUGUCCAGAAUGGGUGAGUAAGACAUUCUUAGAGUUUUGAACAGUUCAGGAGACGUUGCUCGCUCAACUUCCUUCAUUCUCUGCUCUGCCAUCUUUAGGAUACUGGAUUACUUCUAAUGGUAGGAAGGUGGCUGUGGGAUUUGUAAACUCCCUAAGCAAGAAAGGAGUAGACAGUAGAGAUGGGCUGACCAGAACAGGUGGUGACCUAAUUAUUUGAUUGUUAUUCUGAGUUCCUAUCUUAGAGAGAGCCUCAUGAGGAGAUGCAGACUAGAUAGUGGAGGGGGUGUCCAUGUCACCUGUUCCUUCCAUUCCAAGGCAGUGAUGGAGAGGUUGAGCAGCAGUGUGGGGAGACAGUUUCUCAGAAGUCACUUCCAGGAAAGAUGCUCUACAAGAUACCCAGGGGACAGUCAGCUUCCUGAGCAGGGACUCAGUGUGCAACGGAAACAGUUUCAAUGCUGGGUCCCUUUAUUAACCCAAAUCGCUCUUGGAUUGAUAAAAUCUAGGCCUCUACCUGCAGUGUUAUGCCUCUUGUCCCAUGCUUGCUCUGAACCAUGGGCCCCGUAGGACUGUCAUGGGGUCAGGGUAGGGACCUCUGAAUCAUUCUGUCUUCCUGGCUCUAUCUCCCUUUCUCUGUUCUCCUGCUGGUCCGUUCUGUUCCUGGACCUUUCUCCUCUCACCAGACAGGAAGCCUCAGCUGUACCCAGGGCAGCCAAGGUCUGCAUGCCCACAGCUCCCCUCCUGUAGACACAAGGCCAUGAGCUGUUCCUCGUCUUCAGCAGACAGAGGCAGGUGUCUCCUUCCCAGGUCUUCAGACCCUCUCCACAUCCAUCUCUGGGGCCUCUAGCACCUUGAUGACCCCAGACAAACUCUUGUCUGCAAAACUGCUCUAGAGCUAUUGCUAGCCCAGACAAUUUGUCUCUCAUAAGCUUUGACCAACCCAAAUGCUGAUGAGUAGCUCUGAGCUGUCCAGGGAGCAGGCACCUGGAAGAUAGCAAGAACAACCUUGGCUUUGGUAUGACAUUGUGUUCUCUCUGAACACUCUUCUCCCCAGCCCAGAUGUUCUGUCUUCUUGAAAGUCUUGUAGGAGGACCACAGAGUUGAAGCCAGCCUCAACUCCAUAAUGAGACCCCAUAUCAAAAAAGAAAACAGAAGGAAGGGCAAGGCAUAGAAUGAAGGAGAAUGUGUGCAAACCAUGUAUCUCAUAGGACGAGGCCCCAGAAUAAAAAAGGAACCCUUACACCUCAGCAAUAAAAAGACAAACAGUCCAGUUCUAAACUAGCAGAAGUGUUUGAUUUCACAUUUCUGCAAAGCAGAAACAGAAAUAGCCAAUAAUUACAUGGAAAGGAGCUCUAUCUCAGUACCUACUCAGGUAAUACAAUUCAGAGACACCCACUAGAAUGGCUGUAACUAUAAUACUUAAAAAAAAGAAAAACAGAAAUAGCUGGGCAGAGGUAACUCAUGCCUUUACUCCCAGUACUCGGGAGGCAGAGGCAGGCAGAUCCCUGUGAGUUCAAGGCCAGCCUGGUCUAUAGGGCUAGUUCUAGGACAAGCUCCAAAGCUCACAGAGAAAUUCUGUCUCAAAAAAACAAAAACAAAACAAAACAAAAAAACAGCAAAAACAAAUGUUGCUAAGGAUAUGGUGAAAUUUGAACCCAUUGAUGAGGGGCAUCCUAGAUGGCGUAACUGCUUCGGAAACACACUGGCCAUUCUUCAGAAAGUCAAAAUGUGAAGUACCAUGUAAUUCCACUCUUUGGUAUAAACAAGAGAAGAAAACAUACAUCCACAAAUACACAUGCACAUAAAUGUCCACUGCUGCACUAUGGAAAAGCCCGGCACAAAACAACACAAAUAUCCAUCCAAAACUGAAUAAACAAUGUAAUAACUCAUAUGCUGGCAUUUCAUUCAGCCACAGAAAAUAAUGAGGUCUUGAUAGAUGACAUAACAUGGAUGGACCAGACAAACACCAUUCUGAGGUACAGAAGAAAGACACAAAAGUCAGUAUGUUGUAUAAUUCCUUUUAUAAGAAAUGUGCUGAAUUCAUAAAUCAUGGGUUAGUUAACAGACUGAAAGUAGCCAUGGGCUAUAGGGGGGGGGAAACGGAAAUGACUGUUAGUAGGCAUUGUUUUAUGGGAACUGAUGAAACUGUUCAAAAAAUAAACCACUGUAGCGGUUGCCAAGCUUAAUCAUAGAGCCUGCAUGAGGAACAAAUGUCUUGUACUUUUAUUGUUGGUGCCAUAGUUUGUAGUUGAAACUCAAACCCAAAUAAAUUAAUGAAGUGUUUGUUAA